AUGACUCUCUCUUUACGCUGCUCUGUUGUGAUUGAAGAGUUAGCUCCUGACAAGUGUACCGUAAAACGUCGCACAGCACUUCGUGAAUCGCAAAUUUCAGCAGUUAGAGAUGACUUACAGCAAAUUCUCAUACGUAUCACUCCUAUGAACAAUUCAGGCUGCAAAAAGAUGGUGAAGAAAAGCAUGGGUUAUCCAGUCAUUGAAUUAGAUCUUUACAAAAACUUUUUAUCACAAGGCAAAGCCACUAUAUGUUUACCAGUUCAUUCUGUCAGAAUAAUGAUUAGUAACUGUCCACCAGAUAAACUUCGUUUUUUCCUCGGGACUCUUCGUACCAAAUUAAAGACACAAAAGACUCACAUUUUGAAAAGACCAGUACCACCGGAUGCUCCUCCUACAUCUAUUUCACUUCUAGAAGAAAUAAGUCCACUACCUCUUACAAAGAAAAUCAACUCUCACCCAAAAGUCAUAGAACCAUUUUCUUGUGACAUGUCUGUCAUAAACUUUCAAGAUGAAGUCUCAAGUACCUGUUCACCAAGAUGUGGAUCCUUACACUCGACUCCUCUUGUUUCCACACCUGUACGAAAGGUCGCAACAAAAAGUCGUGGAGACAAUAAUCGGCCGUUUGGUCAUAUCUUUGGUUCACGGGAAUUUGAUAUUUCAAGUCAAAAAGGUCAAGACGAACAAAUGACAGUCAUAAAUUUCGUAAAGCAAGGGUGCAAUGUUUUCUGUACUGGUGGUGCUGGGACAGGAAAAUCUCAUCUCAUUCGUCGCGUAGUUGGUCUACUUCCACCGGAGUAUACUGCUGUAACAGCUAGUACAGGAUCAGCUGCUAAUAUUAUUGGUGGAUUGACAGUACACGCGUUUUCUGGAUUAGGAGGUUUACUUGAGUCAGAUCUAAAAAUGGAUAAAGAUAACAUUUUGGUUUGGAUGGAGAUUUUGCGUACACGUUAA